ACCCUAGACCACAAAACCAGUCAUUUUUAGCAAUAGCUAACAAUACAAUGUUUGGGUCAAAAUUAUAGAUUUUUUUUAAUGCCAAAAAUCAUUUGGAUAUUGAGUAAAGAUCAUGUUCCAUGAACAUAUUUUGUAAAAUUUCAUACUGUAAAUAAAUAAAUUCUUAAUUUUUGAUAAGUAUUAUGCUUUCCCAAGGACUUUACAACAACUUUAAAAGCGAUUUUCUAAAAAUGUUGAAAUAUUUUUUUCUUCUUCAGACCUUUGUAUCUCAGCCAAACCAUACAUCAAAGGAAAGCUUAUUUAUUCAGUUUUCAGAUGACGUAUAAAAAAAUGACUAAUAUUAUUGGAUUUGUUGUCUAUGGUCACACAGAAGUACAAACGGCGAAAAUUAAUGUAAAAAAUAAAGACAAAUUCGUUUCAAUUGAUGAGUGUCUCUUUAACGAGGGGGGUCGCGCGAGGCGCGCCGGCUGCAAAGCGUCCUUCUGGUUUCCAAGGAAACGCGGGAAAGGACAGAGCGCAGACAGGACAGGAUAGUGCGAGACAUAACAGCUUCUUUUGCAGAUUUUUAAACACCUUUGACAAAAACUUUAAACUUCUUAAAGAACAGAGUCGGAGACUGGAUGCUAGAAAUUCGUUCCUACUUGUUUAGGUGAAUGUGUGGACCUGUAUCUUGCAGCUGGGAGACCAAUGGAGAAAUACACACAAGCACUGCCACCCCAUUCUCCUUUAUAUUCCCCUCAAAAUAACUCAGAAGCUCGAUCUCCCUCUCUUCCACAGCCUGCGUCCUUCCCUUCCUCCCCAACCACCCAGUCCUCCUAUCUUCACUUUACAUCAACCCCUCUGGCAUCUGGAGGGUCACAUUGCCUCAGUCCCUCCACAGUAUCUGACCAGGAUGACCUGACCUGCCUCAACUGGCUGCAUCAAAGAGGAAACCUGUUGCCUUUGCAGCCACUGCCCAAAAUCAGCACACUGCCCCAGACGUUAGAUCCCAUUCCUGUCCAACAGCUGCCUCUCUCCCCUGCCAAACCCCCGUACUCUUUCAGCAGUCUCAUCUUCAUGGCGAUAGAAGAUUCGCCUGAGAAGAGGCUCCCUGUGAAAGGUAUUUAUGAGUGGAUUGUCGGCAACUUCCCCUAUUAUAGAGAGGCUCCCGGUGGAUGGAGGAACUCGGUCCGACACAACCUUUCCUUGAGCAAGAGCUUCCAACGAAUACAUAGAGACAAGAGUCAAUCUGUUGGAAAAGGUUCAUUAUGGCGUGUUUGUCCAGAAUAUCGGCCAGCUCUUCUGGAAGUUCUUAGAAAAACUCAUUACUGUCAUCGUACCAAUAUUAACUUGCUGAGCAAGCCUGUUUUGUUGGAGGCGGCUGAUAAUAGGCAGAACACCUUGGGUGAGACUAUGGAGAUUUCAGAUCUAGAUUCUCUGUCUUCAAACCCGCCGUGCUCUUUGACACCGGAUCAUGAGGAGCUGAUCCCCAUGGAGUCUGUGGAACUGACAGAGGUUGUCGGCGAGGAUUCAGAGAAAGAUCCACUUGCAGACAGUGGUUACAUUGAGUUACACUAUUACCAGUAUCAGCAGUAUCAGUACCUGGUUCUUCCAGGAGACAGUGAGUUGGAUCUGGAGUCGGUUGAGAUACUGCAGCUUGAUGCAGAGGCUCAGGAGGCUGCAGGGUCACUGCUUGACCUCGCGGGAGGCAACCACUGACAGCUUGCCUGUGUGCUGUGUACAAGCAAGGAGGGUUAAUGGGGAGAUGGGGCCACUGUGAGGACUCUAGCCUUGAUGUACUAUUGGCACUUUAUAACUGCCUGAACUUUUACUUACUGCCAUGAAAGGUGCAACAUAAGCAAUUAAAAAAAAAUCUAGUGAUUUAAAUAAAACAUUUGUAGGGACUGACAACAGCAUUGUGAGGGUAUCCUUGGUAUUAGUGUAUAAAAGGUUAUAAAGCAUAUGCAAAAUGCUUUUAUAAAGAACAAAAUAUUUAUUGUUUACUGUCAUGGUUGAAAAGUAAUAUUUCAUGCACUUCCCUGCCAUUUUAAAUCCCUUCCAUUAAGAUUAUUCUAAAGAUUUGCUGUUCUAAAUUCAAAUUAGAGGUUCUGUUGUGAUUUUUUUUUUUACAGUAUGAAAUUGUUCAAAAUUAUGAACAUGUUCAAGUAUUAUUGAGAUAAACUGCCAGCAGGGUAGAUGGAAAGAUUCAUAUCGAACCCUUAUUUCUUGAAUGUUGAUUAUUGUCAUGCUACAACGUUCUGUUGUGAUUAGUUUUCUGUGUAGUAUGAUGCAUGUCAUAUUUUGAUUUAUUCACAUGUUUAUAUUAGUAAGUUGACACUAGAUAACACUCUGAUCCCAUCCUCUUCAUGUGUAACUCAUGUAGCAAUAAAGUACUAAAAUGUUAUGUUGAAAUCUUUACCUGAAUAAAGCUCUUAGUAGA